UUUAUUUAAUGAAAUGUAUUGGCUGAUUUUUAAACAAUGCUGUAGCCUAUUGACAACAACUACAUACAUAUGUUUGUAUGUAUGUACGUACGUACGUAUAUGCACAUUUCCUCGUUACCAAGUCAACAAAAGUCCAUAACUAAAGUUGGACGUUCACAUGCCUGCAUGUUGAAUUCAUCAAAACAACAAAUGAAAAUUCAGAACAUACUCAGCUGUGAAUCACAAUACAUUUCGGGAAAAAUGUUUAAAUAAAUUACGUCGGAAGUGUUUUUACCUAAAAAGUUGUAUUCAAUAUAAAUAUAAUAACAGCAGACUAUUUAAGAGCAAUGAGUGAACUAGACGUAUCUGUGAUAAAACUAACCCAACAAACAUUGGGGAAAUAUGUGAAGAAGCCACCCUUAACGGAAAAGUUACUAACAAAACCACCAUUUCGAUUUCUGCAUGAUGUCUUUAAUGCUGUCAUUAAAGAAACAGGUUGUUUUGUGGGUUUGUACACGGCCGAGGAGCUAAAUUCUGAUAAUAUCAAGGAUCGUGAUGAUAAGAUGAGGUUUUUGCAGAAAAUGAUUGAUGUAAUAAAGUUUACAACGAAGAAGUCUCUUACUGUACGCACCUCAAAAAUAGUGGCAGGUCAAGAACCAGAAAAGACCAAUGAAUUAUUACAACUAAUGGGGGAGGUGAUAGAAAAAAAAUUAGAUUGGAAAAUUGCUGUCGAAGAGGUUCUAAACGGCAAAGCAGCUCCGAAGACAACGAGUUCGACAAAGUCAAAGCCUCAAGUUAAGCCUGUUGAGCAAAAGAUAAAGGAUAAGACAAACGAAAAAUCCAAAGACAAAGAAGUUAAACCAAAGGAAACAAAAGCGAAGGAUGUAAAAAAAGUUACUAAGAAUAUCUCGCUUUCGACCAAAACUGAAAAACCUGCUAAAAGAACUACAGAACCACUACCCAAAUCUACGGAAAAUAGAGAUAAAAGUAAGUCCAGUAAAGUUAUGAAAGAAGUGCCUAAAGAUAAAAGGCACAAGAAUGGAAAGGACGUUGAAAAAUCCACGAUCUCAAAACAUAAAACUGAGACUAAAGCCAAAAGUCCUUCGCCUAUAAAAAAUAAAGCAUCUGUUGAAAACGAAAGUGACAAUUUGAAAAGCAACGAGCCUACAGAUGAACAAAAACACGAUUCAAUAGGGUUUGGACCAAUAGUGGAUAGAGGAUCUACACAACCAAACCAAAUGGCUACCAAUGAAAAUCAGCGACGUGACAGUAAAGUUUAUGAGCCGGAUAAAAUGACUUCUAAAAAUUCAUUCGAGAGUAAUUCCACAAUGGGUAUGGGUUCAGUGAUAAUGGACACACCCAUUGAUAUUGGGAGCAGUAAUUUAAUUUUAGAUAUAAAUACAGAGACUAUGAAUGGAUCAAAUGUGGAAAGUCGUAAAUCUUCGGCCGGACCUAAAAGAACAUCUGGAAAGAGUCGACGUUCAAGCGCCAAACUAACGACACGCGAAGACCAUAAAGCCUCAUUAACAGAAUCUAAAAAUGAUAAGAAUAAUGAUAAUGGAAUUUUGGAGGCGGAUAUUUUAAAGAAAGCACUUGAUGAAGCAUUUCAAGCAAACGCAAGAAAAAAGCAGGAAGACGAACCUGUACAAAAAUCAGUCACACAAUCACAAACAACAAAAACCAUACAAAAGCAAAGUCCCACACAAACACCUACUGUGACACCCACCCCACCGCAACCCUUACCGACAGAAGUGCGACGCGAGUCAACAUUUACACGCGAAAACUCUCGUGACAGUAGCACCAAUAACACUACUAAUCGGCCACGAACUUCAUUGCGUCCACCGAGUGCACGACCCGCCUCAGCAAGACCCGGUGCGCCACGCAGACGCGAUCGCAACAUAGAGAUUGUUUUGCAGCCCAACGAUCAAGUGAAAUUGUCCGGUAUCAACGUCAAAUUAGAAGCUUUCGGCGAUUUAGACGAUGAUGGGGAAAAUUUAGUUGUGAUUGAGGAUGCGAAUACUGUCAAUAUUGCGGAAGCCGCGGCAGACGUGCCGCGCGUCGCUGACACCGAUCUGGGAAAUAAUUUAGAACAACAGGGACAUCUAGUGCAACAGAUACUCGAGACGCAAAAGGAAUUUAUGCAACAACAAAAUGUUAAUAGCUCCAUGGGCAAAAAUGAGAAGGUAAUAUACAAGAUCACAAUCUUCUACAGCAAUAAUUAUAAUAGAAAUAUUAUUCAAUUUCAGGAUAUGGAACUGGCCAACAAUUCAGCUGUCCGUCAAAGCUCGGCGCGCCAAAUGAAUAGUCUGCGUGAUAUCAUACAAAAUUUAACGAAGUCGGUGAACCCAUUUGGCAAACUAAUGGAUUUCAUACCAGAAGAUAUUGAUGCCAUGCAAUUGGAACUUACCAUGUGGCGCGACACGUACACCCAAGUGGCCAAUGAACUUAGGCGCGAGAAAAGCCUCACUGAGUCUGCUACGGAGCCGAUGAAAGAGCAACUUGUACAAAUUGAAGCAAACAUCAAGGAGUUUAUGGAAAUGAUCGAUGCAAGUCGCACGAAAAUAUUGCAAAACUCCGAGAAAAUAUUAAAAAUGCUUGGAGAACAAUAAAAAAUGUGAAAAUAUACGUACAUUUGUUUAGCUAAUAAAUAAUAUAUUUUAUGUUGGAACGGAGUUCAAGAAAAUAAGUCUAAGGCUAGUAAAACCGUCGUCAACAAUUCACUUUUAUCAGCUUGUUCUUUUGAUAUUUGUUUGUUGAUGUUUAUUAAGCGCAAAACGGUAAUAUUUUAACAAACCUUUUCCCGUCGUGUAAAUAAAUUAGAAUUAUUAAUUUUUAUUUCAUAAAUAUAUUUUGUGUUUAUUACGCCGGUUUUAUUUUGUUAAUAAAUUGCCAUAAGCUGCUCGAAUUAUAAUAGCGUGUUGUUAAAUCUGUUUUCUAACUACAAACUUGAAUUCCAAAUCAUUUUAUAUAAUCAAGGUACAAGUCAAGGAACCAUGCAAGCCAUAUUCGUUUAACAAUAGAAGGUCCUAAAGCAAUAUUAUAAACUUUUUAACUUAACCUCAAUAACAGAGAUCAUACAAAUGGACGAUAGUGGAAUGUUACAAUUAAAUAUAUAUAUUAAUAUACAUGCAUAUGUAUAUGUAAUUACAGUUUUACGUACUUUUUUUUUUCAAUUUGCCUUUUAAUUUUUACCCUCGGUAAUUCAACAUAAAUUUGAAAAUUUUCUUCCAGACACUAUUUUAUGUCCAUUUAAAGCCAAUUGAACCAUAAACGCUGUCUAAAAGUAUGCUUCAUACUAAUUAAAUUUUUUUGCAUUUUUACGUAGACUUCGUA